AUCAUUCCUCAAACACAUUGACUAAGAGGCGGCGAGCAGAUGAGACACAAUUACCCCCGUCACCCUUCAUCCACACUAUCACCGCCAUCAUCCUCCUCAUCUCCAUCACCACCAUCACCAUCAUCCGACGGACUUUAUCCCGCGCCCAGGACUUAUUUCAUACGGAAUUAUCCACGAAAAAGGACCAAAACUGUGAAAAACGAACCGAUACUUACGGUGCCUUGGAAGAACUUCGCUAAACUCACUUUCGUCGGAUAUAAACAUACACGAUCUAUCUUAUCCGCACAUGUUAUUCCCGCAUCACAUUUGAGCUGCAUGUCAUGUUAGUUUCUUGGGUUUUGAGGGAAAUUUCCCACAGGACGAGCUAAAAUCUGUUAGCCUGUUAGCCGAACGUCUUUAUUAGCCGGAUCAUUAGCAUCAGUUAUUUUAACCCAUUAAAGUUGAUCAAAGUGGAGGUAUUUUUAAGUCUACACGGUUGACAUGACUUGACACUAGUAUUUACUUAUGUUAAUACGUGUUUUAUAUAAGAGAUAAACAGUCAACAGACAUUGUGUCGCGAGAUGAUGUUCAGCUAGUUAGCUCGAGUGGCUACUGAAAUAGGCAGCAAAUAUUUACAAAAGACAAAGUAUUAUUUUCUUAAAAUAUAAACAUACACGAGCUUUGUGGGCAAGUGGUUUAAAUUGUUAGUUUAUUUCUACAUUGGUUUGUUAAGCCUCUGUGACACUUGAGUUUAUCUCUAAAAUAAAAAUGUAGUGAAAAGUUUGAGUAUGAACAUAACAUAAGUUUUGAAAAGAAUGCAGAUUAUAGAUUUAGUGUCAUGAUGGGGCUAUAAGUGUUCAAAGAGCCGCUUCACGGAUUUGCUUUGGUCUCCACUAACACACAAAGAGAACUGUAUUAAACAUUUUGAGCUGUCACUCUGGUUUUGAACCAUGUCUGGAGAAGUGCGUUUGAAAAAGUUGGAAAAACUCAUCCUGGAUGGUCCUGUCCAGUCUAAUGGACAGUGUUUUAGUGUGGAAAGCCUUCUGGAUGUUCUCAUCUGUCUAUAUGACGAUUGCAUCAACUCCCCACUCAGAAGAGAGAAGAAUAUAGCCGAGUUUUUAGAAUGGGCCAAGCCGUUCACCUCUAAAGUGAAGCAGAUGCGACUGCACAAGGAGGACUUUGAAAUCCUGAAGGUUAUUGGUCGAGGAGCUUUUGGGGAGGUAGCGGUUGUAAAGGUGAAAAGUUCGGACAAAGUGUUCGCCAUGAAGAUCCUCAACAAGUGGGAGAUGUUGAAAAGAGCAGAGACGGCGUGUUUCCGGGAGGAACGGGACGUGCUGGUGUACGGGGACUCUCAGUGGAUUACCACUCUGCACUACGCCUUUCAGGAUGAGAACUUCCUGUACCUGGUUAUGGAUUACUAUGUGGGGGGUGACCUCUUGACCCUGCUCAGUAAAUUCGAGGACCGUUUACCUGAGGAAAUGUCGCGGUUCUACCUGGCGGAGAUGGUGCUGGCCAUUGAUUCUGUGCAUCAGCUCCAUUACGUCCACAGAGACAUCAAACCGGACAACAUUCUCUUGGAUGUGAACGGACACAUUCGUCUGGCAGACUUUGGCUCCUGUCUUAAACUCGCGGAGGAUGGAACGGUGCAGUCCUCUGUUGCCGUGGGAACACCUGACUACAUCUCUCCAGAGAUCCUGCAAGCCAUGGAGGACGGGAAAGGGAAAUACGGCCCUGAGUGCGACUGGUGGUCUUUGGGGGUCUGUAUGUAUGAGAUGCUGUAUGGAGAAACUCCUUUCUAUGCCGAGUCGCUGGUGGAAACUUACGGCAAGAUUAUGAACCAUAAGGAGCGGUUCCAGUUCUCCGCCCAUGUUACAGAUGUCUCGGAGAACGCCAAAGAUCUGAUCCGAAGGCUGAUCUGCAGCAGCGAACACAGGCUGGGUCAGAAUGGCAUCCAGGACUUCCAGCAGCAUCCCUUCUUCUCCGGCAUCGACUGGGAGAACAUCCGCAACUGCGACGCUCCAUACAUCCCAGAAGUCAGCAGUCCGUCGGACACAUCAAACUUUGACGUGGAUGAUGACUGCCUCAAAAACACGGAGGCAAUACCGCCUCCUUCCCACACCGCCCUCUCUGGACGCCAUCUGCCUUUUGUGGGUUUUACCUACACCAGUAACUGUACGUUGUCAGACCGUGGCUGCCUGCAGGGGUCCGAAUCUCCUGCGCAAAUGGACGUGUGUGUGCAGCGCGGUCUGGAAGACAGCCUGGCCACCGAGGCGUAUGAACGACGAAUCCGCCGUCUGGAGCAGGAGAAACUGGAGCUCGGUCGCAAACUCCAAGAGUCCACUAAGGCGGUCCAGGCUUUGCAUUACACAAGCACGGACGGACCGGUUUCUGCCAGCGGAGAGUUUGAGGUCCGGGGACUGAAGGAGGAGAUCGAGACCCUGAGGAAACAGAUCACAGACGCAGGACAGGUCCAGCAGCAGUUAGAUCAGUCCGGUUCUGCCCGCAGGGAUCUUGAAGAAUCCUCCAAACAGAUUCACUCUCUAGAAAAACAGCUGAAGAACUUGAAGCAGGAUAGAGACGAUGUACAGAAGAGCCUGCAGGAGUCUAUGGAGAAGCAGAAAUGUCAGGGUAAAGAGCUGAAAGAGGCCGACAGCCAGAGGAAAGUGGCCGUGCAGGAGUUCAGCGAGGUGAGCGAGAGAGUGACGGAGCUGCGAUCACACAAACAACGUCUCUCGCGACAGCUCCGGGACAAAGAGGAGGAGAUGGACGCUCUCAAUCAGAAAGUGGAGGCCCUGCGACUGGACGUGCGCAAAGCUGAGAGAGCCAAGAAAGAGAUGGAAGCUCAGGCUGAAGAAUGGUCCGCCGAGGCUCAGAAGGAGAAGAAGUUGAGAGAACGCAGCGAGCAGUACAGCAGACAGCUGGAAGAGGAGCUGGAGGGAACCAAGCAGAAGCAUGUGGGCCGUUCUCCAGGCGUCAGGACCUCAGAGCACAACAAGGAGCUCAGUAAACUACGAGCGGACCUGGACAAGAAGACCGUGUACUAUGAGGAAGAGCUGUCACGCAGAGACCUCCAGCACGCCAACGAACUGAAGAACCUCCAGAAAGAACUGCGAGAGGCCGAGGGACGGCAACUCGCUCUGAAGAAAGAGAUCAUGAUGCUGAAGGAUAAGGUGGACAAGACCCGUAGAGAGAGUCAGAGCGACCGAGAAGAGUUUGAGAGCGACAACAAGCAGAAGUACGAGAGAGAGAGAGUCCUGCUGAUGGAGGAGAACAAGAAGCUCUCCAACGAGCUUGACAAGAUGACGUCCGCGUUUGAGAAGCUGAGCUGUAGUAAUAGACAGCUGGACGAAGACAUGAGAGAACUGGCAGAUAAGAAAGAGAGCGUCACCCACUGGGAAGCCCAGAUCACCGAAAUCAUUCAAUGGGUCAGCGAUGAGAAAGACGCUCGGGGAUAUCUGCAGGCGUUGGCCACUAAGAUGACCGAGGAGCUGGAGGGCCUGAGGAGCGCAAGCCUGGGAGCACGAGCUACUGAAAUGCCGUGGAAGAUGAGACGCCUGGCUAAGCUGGACAUGUCCGCUCGUCUUGAGCUUCAGUCUGCGCUGGACGCUGAGAUCAGAGCCAAACAAACCAUUCAGGAAGAGCUGAAUAAAGUGAAAGCAUCUCUCAUGGCCACUGAGUGUAAGCUGGAGGAAUCUGAGAAGAGUAACCAAGAGCUCAACGCAGAUGUCCAGAGACUCAAACAGGAGAUGGAGAACCUGCAUGCGUCAAAAGGCGUCAAGCACCAAGACUCCCACAAUUCCUUUCUGGCAUUCCUCAAUGCUCCAACCUCUGCACUGGAUCAGUUUGAUCAAACCUCUGCGAGUGGCUCGGCUGGUAAAGGCAGACACAUCGACUCCAUGGAUAACUUCAGUCUGUCCAUCGCUCCUUCAUGUAAAGAUGAUGGACAGUCCCAGGUCACGUCCCACUCUCGAUCGCCCUCGACCACCAGUGAUGUUGAGCCCCAAGAGCAGGUGGAUCGACCGCAGCCAAAAGCACAAACUCCAUCGCCAUACAGCAGCUCAGAACGUAACACUCCUAAACCAAAGGCGCAUCAGUUUAUUGUGAAGUCCUUCACUACAACCACUAAAUGUAGCCAGUGCACAUCUCUGAUGGUGGGACUCAUCCGACAGGGCUGUACGUGUGAAGUCUGUAACUUCUCGUGUCAUGUGACCUGUGCGGAUAAAGCCCCCGCCGUGUGUCCUAUUCCACCGGAUCAGACCAGAGGGCCGCUGGGUAUCGACCCACAGAAGGGCAUCGGAACGGCCUAUGAGGGCCACGUUAGGGUUCCAAGGCCUUUGGGUGUGAAGAAGGGCUGGCAGAGAGCCAUCGCGGUGGUCUGUGACUUCAAACUCUUCCUGUAUGAUCUCCCAGAGGGCAAAGCUGUUCGGCCUGGUGUUGUGGUGAACCAGGUCAUUGACAUGAGGGACGAGGAGUUCUCAGUUAGCUCAGUUUUAGCAUCUGAUGUCAUUCAUGCCAACAGGAAGGACAUUCCCUGCAUCUUUAGGGUGACAGCGUCGUCCUGCAUGCGGCAGAAAUGCUCCUUCUUAAUCCUGGCAGACAGUGAUCACGAGAGAACAAAGUGGGUGGGGCUUCUGAACGAGCUGCAUCGCCUCUUAAAGAAGAGCAAACUGAAGGAGCGCUUUGUUUAUGUGCCUAAAGAGGCGUAUGACAGCGCCCUGCCUCUCAUUAAAUCUACACAAUCUGCUGCUAUUAUAGAUCAUGAGAGGAUAGCGCUGGGCAAUGAGGAGGGCUUGUAUGUUAUUCAUGUUACCAAAGACGAGAUCAUCAAGGUAGGAGACAAUAAGAGGGUCCAUCAGAUCGAGCUGAUUCCCUCCGAGCAGCUCAUCGCUGUGAUAUCGGGCCGGAACGGUCACGUGCGUCUCUACCCCAUGGCGGCCCUGGACGACCGCGAGAUCGAAUUCCACAAGAUAGCCGAGACCAAAGGCUGCCAGACUUUGGUUUCCGGCACGUUCAGACACGGCUCUCUCACCUGUCUGUUUGUGGCCAUGAAAAAAACCGACAAGGUGAUGUUCUUCGAGCUCAAUAAGAGUAAAACACGUCACCGGAAGCUCCGGGACAUAACGGUCCCCGGCACGGUGCAGUGGAUGGGACUGCAGGGCGAGAAGCUCUGUGUGGGGUUCCCUUCCGGGUUCCUGCGAUAUGACCUGCAGAGAGACGGAGCUCCUAUCAGCCUCCUCCAUAAGGACGACCACACGCUGGGCUUCAUCGAGAAUCUGAACCUGGACGCGAUCUGUGCCGUGGAGAUGUCCCACAAAGAGCUGCUCUUGUGUUUCAACAGCAUCGGCGUGUACGUGGACUGUCAGGGCAGACGCUCGCGUCAGCAGGAGCUGAUGUGGCCGGCCACGCCCACUGCUUGCCGUUAUAGCGCACCUCAUCUGUCAGUGUAUAGUGAGAAUGCGGUGGACAUAUUUGACGUCAACACUAUGGAGUGGAUUCAGACCAUGCCUUUGAAAAAUGUUCGUCCUAUGAACGCUGACGGCUCUUUGAACCUGCUGGAGUUGGAAACCGUACGUCUCAUCUACUUCAAAAACAAGACUGCAGAAGGAGAUGAGCUGGUGGUUCCAGAGACGUCAGAUAACAGCCGCAAACAGCUGGUGAGAGUCAUGAACAGCAAACGCCGCUUUUCCUUCCGCAUACCCGAGGAGGAGAGACUCCUGCAGCGGAGGGAGAUGUUGCGUGACCCGGCGAUGAGGAAUACGUUGAUAUCAAACCCCACCAACUUCAACCAUGUGGUUCACAUGGGCCCCGGGGACGGAAUCCAGAUCCUGAAAGAUCUGCCAGUGCCUGGUUCUCCUCUCCCCUCACCUCGUCUGCACCUUAUCUCCGCUCCUACCCUCUUUGAGCAUGUCCAUCACAUGACCGUCACCUCUGCAGACCACUUCCUGUCCCGGGACUCUGCCCACUCCCCGUCCCUCAGCUCCGCCCCCGGGACCCCCGCUUCCAUCUGCUCUCUGAACGUGCGUCCACCGGAGAGCCGUGGUGUUCUGGGUGCAUCCGUCAGUAUCCCCUCCAUCAGUAAAACCAGACCUGAGCCGGGCCGAUCUAUGAGCACCAGCUGUGGACUGGGCACACGCUCCUCCUCUCAAAAUGGCAACGCGCUGAGACGUGACUUUCCCGUAAGUAACUACGGCUCCACCAAGCGUCAGAUGACGUCACCCUCUGAUGGUUCGCUGUCGUCUGGAGGUGGAAUGGACUGCGGUGGAGACGCCCCCCUCUCCCAGUUUGAUAGAGAGGAUUCGGACUCGCCGCGUCACUCCACUGCCUCCAACAGCUCCAACCUGAGCAGCCCGCCCAGCCCGUCCACGCCAAACAAGAGCAAGACUCGGUCCCUGGAUCGCAGAGAUCACCUCGACUGGGAGACAUGAGAGGUACACCCCCCCCCCCCCCGAACUGUUACGCAACGGCCAAGAGUCGACUCCUUAAACAACAUCCUCCCACACACCACAGGUGUGCGUCUGUGUGUGGUGUUGUGUGCACAUGAUUCUACGAGACGAGAUCACAGUGCACCUUACAAGCCUGUUACUGUUGACCUACUUUUCCUUCGUCUGUGACGGAUCGGGAUUCCAGACCACUGUCGCUCUCCUUUCACCCCAGAUCUGCACGGGGUCAGAAAAGCUUUAACGUCCAUUUUUGUCCCUGUAUGUUAAGUGUGCCUCCUUUUACAAAAACGUACGAAAGAUAUCAGACACUUUGUUAUCGGGGAUCAAAACCGUUCCUAGCAUUCCAGUCUGUGAUGAAUUGUAAAGAUUUAUGUAAGAAACCCAACAGCUAGAGCGCCCCCCGGCUGUCACACUACAGCGUAACACCACCUCUGUCCUCCAGUGCCAUACUGACCGUCCCACGCAAAGCUCCCAUUAUUCUGAGUUCAGUCCUGUAAAUAGAGUUAAAGUAGAGUAUAAUAUAUAAUGAAAUCACAACACUAUUCUGUUGCUAAAGAAGCGUGAGAAAUCUUUCCUUGUAUUGUCUGUGUCAAGAUUUUGUUUUUAUUUGUCAAUAUAAGCAUUCUUUUCUACUUCUGUGUGAUUCCACUGACACAAGGAGCUAAAAUAAUGUGCGGGGGGAACACUAAACAAACAUCGGCUCUCAUUCACCAAACAAAAGAACCAAUCGUUCUCAGUCAUUUUCCUCAUUGAAUGUGAUGUCCGCAGGGCAGCGGCGAGUGAUUUACACAAAUCCUUCUUCUGGUGUUUCAUGAAUGAGAGCCAUUGUGUGCGGCUUAUGAGAAAACAAUGAUGUAAAAUACAUAUUAUACAGACGCAUGUACAGUUAAACAAUAACGUAAAUAAGCUGAAUGUAACAGAAUCACUGCAAGCCUUUGUUGUUUCUUCCUCUGUUACUGAAGCAAUAAUGCUGUUUCCAAAGAGUUUUGUUAAAUAAUUAUUUGUGUUUGUAUUAUAAUUCUUUUAGUAUUUAGGUUUUUGGUGUUUUAAAGGGGUUUAUUUGUUUGUUUUUUCCAAGAACCAAACUUUGCCUACAUGAGUAGAUAGCAUGUAAUGUAGUUUCAGAAAGCGUGGCAUAAGAACCCUCAUCAGAUGAAGCUCCACAUUCAAUAAGCUCUGAUGUUUGACUCACUGGUGCACGCGGCUCACAGCGGCAGGAGAGAAGCUCAUUCAAUAUUGACACUGAUUUAGAGAGAAUGUACAGUGAUGGUGCUGUAUUCAUGUCUGAAAACUCCCCUGGAUGUCAAAAUACCUCAAAUCACAGAGUCAAACCAUCACGAAUAUAACCUCAACUGAGUCUCAACAGCUUUCACUGGUUUCAGAUACAACAUUAAAGGAGUAGUUCACCUUCAAAAUAAAAGUUCAUGAUCAUUUAUUCACCCUCAUGUCAUCCAAGAUGUUUAUGUGUUUGUUUCUUUAGUGGAAAAGAAAUGAGGGCUUUUGAUGAAAAUAUUCCAGGAUUUUUCUCAAUAUAUGCUGAACUCCAAACGCUUGAAGGUGAAAAUGACAGUUUCAGUUUAGCUUUAAACCAGACCAGACCAUGAAUAAAGGUCUUUUAUAGAGAAACCAUCUGUCUUUUAAAAAUAUAUAUAUAUUUCUUUUCGACUAAAGAAACAAAUACAUAAACAUGGGGGUGAGUAAAUUAUCCUGUAAGUGUAUUUUGAAAGUGAACUACUCCUUUAAAUCAAGCGUUUGAGUUCAGAAGACAAACCGCUGCUUGUGAUUUAUCUCACAUCUGAAUCAUUUGAAUUAAAUUACAGUCGUUCUUUUGAGGGCAUCUGCAGAUCCAGACCUGUAAUCUCUACACUGUUUAUUAGUCCAAAAUGUUCCAGGUUGUUCCUUAAAGUGAUACUUUAAUUAAAAUUUAAAACAGAGUCUUAUUUACUUAACCGUUUGCCAUUCUUAACCCAAAAACAUGUUUUUUUUUCCUGGAAACACAAAAGCUGGCUCUUAGUUUUUAUUCAGUUUAAUGAUGUAAUGUAGUGUAAAAUGCACAUGACAUGACUUGUGCUUAAGUUUAUUAUAGUUCAAAUGCUUAAUAUUAUAUGACCAAAUGAAAAAAGUAACAACAUGAAAAACACCAAUAAAGAUAAGAGGUUUUCAAAAGAUAAUUUUGUUUGAGGAAUAUGCAGAAAUGUAAUUAUUCAACAUUUUCUAUCACCUUUUGUGUUUUAUUGGUGAUGAAAACCUCACAUGGGUUUAGAAUCAUGAGGUUAAGUAAAUAUUGAAGAUUUUUUUUCAGUUUACUUUUACUGUAAUGCAUGCAGAAAUCUUAAUGAUCAUGUGUAUUGAUGCACAUUCAUGUACAGAGAUGAUGUGUUUGAGACCUGUGGUCAUACGAACGGCUUUUCCAGAACUGAUUCUUGUAUUUCCAGCGUUUCCUGUGUUUUAUUAUUCAAACACUAUGAAAGCAUCACUGUGGACCACUCCUGAAAACAUGGCACAUCUUUGCGAUCCCUCUCGCAAUCCGUGUGGUAUUUGGGAACUUUAGUUAUACGUUUGUGGUAUUAUUCUGUGAUCGUAUUCAUCCGAUAAUUCAUAUUGCAAGUUAAGAUCAUGGAGGUUGUCUUUUUAAUAAGGUUGUAACGGGUUGGAGAGAAUUUGCCAGGGUUAUGGUAUUAACAUGAACAGGAAACCUGUUUGAAAUGUUUCUCAGGUAUGUCAGAAGAACCAAUGAUUUUUUUCUAUCGCUUGGAGGAAUUGUGUGUUUUUAUCAUUAGGACUGUUACAACGAAUAGAUGAAUUAAUAGAGGGGAGGUGCCUUAGUUUUUUAGGUGCAUGUGAACCUGUUCUGAUGAGAACGAUGACUUGGUGAUUUCAAGACACGUCACAGUCGAGUGUCACGAGUUUUUUUUUUCCGCCUUUGCAGUGAAUUGCUGUUUCAUAUCAUGCUGUUGUAUUUUUUUGUAAGAAUCUGUACAGGUUUGCAUGGCACAGGUGUAAUCGUGACUGUUUUUAAGAUUUCCAGACUGGUUUUAUGUGUUUAUUUUCUGGACCUGUGUGGUGUCAAUGAUUGGGAUGUGACAGAAUUAUCCCAUAACUGCAAUGUAAACUGUUUUCAUUUUCCUUUGUUUGCACAGACGUAUUUAAGGUGACAUAUUUGUAUUGGUUUCGGACAUCACUUUUCACAUUCUCUGACUGAUAUUUUAAUAAAAUGGGAAACUGUUUUGAA